UUAACACGUUGGCUUGACGUGAAAACAGAUGACAAUGAUGUUGAUGUAGACCCGUGUUGUAUUUUGUACUUGCGUGCGACAGUGUAAAUACACCUUCCCCUGACCACUACUGAAAAUGCAAAAAAUUUGUGAUAUAGUUCGUGUGUUUUAAUGACUUAUUGAUAAACUUACAUGGAGACUGUUGUGUUUAUUGGAUAACCAGCGCGAUUUGUAUUGUAAAUGCAGUAUCGAACUACGGUUACCUCGUUAGUAAUUGGAGAGUGAUUUGUUAAACUUUUCAAGAGAAAGAAAAGAAAAUGGAUAUCACGUCGUUAUUUAAAGCCUGCGUCAAAACUGUACGGACAAAAAAUAAAGCAUUUGGAAUAGCCAUUGACAAGUCACGAAUUUUGCCUCGGCAUUCAGAGAAGAGCGAUUUUACAAUUAAGGUGAAGGAGCUGAUGGAACAAAUCACGCGCUUAAGACUUUUCUUGUUAAAACACAGAAAAGCAUACUUAAAUUUUACGAGUCAUUUAUGCGAUUCGCCAAGAAUGACGGAUGAGGAGCGUGAUGAGAUCGAGGUUGGUGCCGAACGCAUCAUUGGCAACUCUUCGUACCUGAUCACCAAACUAAAACGCGAGUGGAAAAACAAUGUUGGUCCAUCGCAGUUAAUGGAACAUCACCGAAUCGCGUUAGACCUAGUGGAAACAUACUUGAAGGCUGUGUGUGAGAUAUACUCUGAACAGAAGCUUAUGAGGGUCCGACGGACAGUGGAACACAAGAAACUGUCAAAAUUGGAACCAGAACGUGUGUUUACCUCUCCCAUAACAUCAGCUUCAUAUUCACUAGUACGGACACAGCUAUCAGAUGACACAGAGUCUGCACAAGCACGUGAUCUUGCAGCACCCAUUGAGAGCAUUAACGAAGAAAGUUUUGAGAACUAUAAUGCUGACCUGAGUGUAGAAGAACUUCAGAUAUUUCAGAGGGAAAACUUGCAGCUGUACAAUGAACUAAACACUUUGGCAGAUGAAAUACGGCAAAUUCAGAGCAGAGUAGUGCGGAUUGCAGAGCUCCAGGAUGUGUUUACAGAAAAGGUGCUCCAGCAGGAAGAAGAAAUUGAACGCAUUUCAACAACUGUGAUUGGGUCUACAGAGAAUGUGAAGGAAGGAAAUGAACAACUACAUCAGCUCAUGCAAAAGAGUGCAGGUCUUCGUGCAUGGGCACUGUUCUUUUUCAUUGUCAUGUCCUUCUCCCUGUUGUUUCUGCACUGGUACCAUGACUGACUGUUGUUGCUAUUCUAUGAGUUUAUUGCGGUUUGGCACUUGGACAGGAAGAAGCAUGGAAGAUGUGUGGUAUAUUUCACCCUUUAUUCAAGGAAGAUUGCAUACCAUCUACACACUUUCAUCAUACAAAAUGUUAAUAAUUCAUGAAACCAAUACUGAUGUUUACAAAUAUAUGCAUUUGAAUACCUCA